ACAGUGGGGAAGUGAAGGCACUUCCUUCUUUCCACCACAGUGGCUGCGCACAGGCCAGGCACCGGAGCACAGGGCUGAAAUCUGGAGAUAUGGAACCUGGAGCUCGUCACAGGCGCUUCUAACUCCCGACCAGAGGGGAACUCACUGAGAGCCAGAGUCGGUCCGCCACCAUGGCUGAGACGUAGCGCACCUCUGUGGAUGAUCGACAGGCGCAGCGCACUUUUUACGCACCUUGGAGGAAACGAGAGGAAAGUAUCGCCAUGAAGAAACAGUUCAAUCGCAUGAAGCAACUCGCCAACCAGACUGUGGGAAGGGCUGAGAAAACUGAGGUGCUGAGCGAUGACCUCCUACAGAUCGAGAGGCGGAUGGAGUUGGUGCGCUUGGUGUCGCACAACACGCACAAGCGGCUGGUGUCCUGUCUGCAGGGUCAACUCGGCACAGACACAGAGAAGAGACAUAAAAAGCUUCCCCUGACGACGCUGUCCCAGGCCAUGCAGGAGGGAGGCGGUCAGCUGGGAGACGAGAGUCUGAUUGGCAAGAUGAUGGACGUGUGCGGGGAGGCAGAGAGCAGGUUGGCCACUGAGCUGAUGCAGCAUGAAGUGCAGCUCGAGAGAGACAUCCUGGAUCCGCUCAACCAGGUGGCAGAGGUGGAGAUUCCCAACAUACUGAAACAGAGGAAACAACUAGCCAAGCUGGUUCUGGACUAUGACUCGGCCAGGACAAGGUGGUACCAGGCAGCAAAGUCCACCAACCAGGCCAUGGCAGCUAAAACCGAUUCUCUAAAAGACGAGAUGGACGAGGCUCUAAAUAAAGUAGAAAUAUGCAAGGACCAGCUCUCUGCUGACAUGUACAACUUUGCUUCCAAAGAGGGAGAGUAUGCACGCUACUACGUCCUGUUAUUACAGACCCAGGCCGAGUACCACAAGAGGUCUCUGGCAGCUCUGGAAGCGGCUAUACCAACAAUCCAAAUACAGCAAGACUCCUGGAUGGAGAAGCCAGCGUUUGGUACGGCCCUGGAGGAGCACCUGAAGAGGAGCAACCGGGAGAUCGCUCUGCCGCUUGAGGCCUGCGUCAUGAUGCUGCUGGAAACUGGCAUGAAGGAGGAGGGACUCUUCAGAAUAGCUGCCGGAGCUUCGAAGCUGAAGAAGCUCAAAGCAGCGUUGGACUGUUCCACUUCGCAGCUGGAGGAAUUUUACUCUGAUCCUCACGCUGUCGCAGGAGCUCUGAAGUCCUACCUCAGGGAACUUCCUGAACCUCUUAUGACUUUUGGCCUGUAUGACGAGUGGCUACAGGCCUCCAAUGUGUCGGACUCUGACAAGAGGCUCCAGGCCCUGUGGGUGACAUGUGACCACUUGCCAAAGACUCACAAAGCCAACCUCAGGUAUCUGGUGAAGUUUCUUGCCAAACUGGCUCAGGACAGCGACGUUAAUAAAAUGUCACCCAGCAACAUUGCCAUCGUCCUGGGACCCAACCUGCUCUGGGCGAAGGCAGAGGGGACACUGGCAGAGAUGGCAGCGGCUACAUCUCUCCAUGUGGUCGCCAUCAUUGAGCCCAUUAUCCAGCAUGCUGAUUGGUUCUUCCCUGAUGAGGUGGACUUCAAUGUGUCGGGCAUGUUCGCCUUGCCCACCCACCCGGCCACCCCAGACCCCGAACCCAGCCUGGAGAGGAAACGCCCCGGCAGCCAAGUGGGGCAGGACGGGGACAGUCACACUCCCCGUAAAGACAGCACUGUUAACAAACCGGAGCCCACGCCACGUAGAUCCAGCGCUGUAAAUAGAAAGCAGCCGCAGCCAACCUCACCCACCUUCCAACCCCCACUGCCCCCUCUGGAAGCCGGGUGUCCCGCCCAGCCUGAGCCCCAGACCGAGGCUCCGUCCCUGGCUGUAGAGGCUGAGCAGUCUGGCUUGAGUGGAGCUGGCAGUGCUGGUGUUGGUGGUGGUGGUCUGGGUGGUGGGGUCCAGGUAGCUGCUGUGCAGCCGCAGGUUGUAACCCAGCUCAGCACAGAGGAGAGCAGCCCGGCGCGUGAACUCAUGUCCACUCCCCCUCCCCAGAGGAAUGGCUCAGUCCAUCUUGCAGUAGGAACCCCCUACUCUCAGGGUGGGUCUAGGGGGCCGAGUCCACACUUGAGCCGCAGAGGAACCAAGAAGCAGGCCCCAGCCCCGCCCAAACAGGCCAGCCCCUUCGCCUUCCAGCCCAGCAGCACCCAGACGCCCGGCUCCACUCAUUACCCGCCCAUCACACCCCGGCGCCAAUCCAGCAAAGACAGCCCGAUCCACGCCCCGAGCCACCCGCCCCCGCAGCCUCCGCAACCCCACCAGGCCCACGUGGAGUCAGAGCCCUCUCCGCCUAGCACUCCCACCCCGCCCGGCACUCCACCCCACGAUGGACCCGUCUCCAAUCAGCUGAAUUCCCACCACUCUCUCCCCCGCCCAUCUAGGCCAGCUCCAAAGCCACGACCACGCCCCCACAUGCCGCCGCCCCCACAACCUGCAGCCAGUGAUGAUGGAAAUGACCUUUUCAGCUCCGCCUCCAAAGUCAUAACAGACGGAGGCCUUGUCCUAAAGGGGAUUGGACGAGCCCUUAUCCCUGAGGUGAUUGUGGACCAACAGGGGGACAGCUCUGCAGGUCAAGAGCCCGCCUCCAGCCCAUCCCCAAACGCAGACCCUAGCAUCGAGUCAGAGAGCACCUCUCUGUGAAUACAACAAAACGAGAGGGACCGCUGUCGUUGAACGCCUUCUUCUGGUUUGAAUGUAUAGAAUCACAUAUCAGACAGGUAACCCCCCCCCACCAUCAGUCGGUUCAAGCUCUGCACGCUCCAACUCGCAGAGAAAACAAAAAAAGGCUGUCUUUCCUCACAUUAUACUGACUCAAAACUGAAACCUCAUCUUAUUACAGUGUUGGCUUAAACCACAAACCCCUUGUUGAUCACUUUCCACAUUAGAAUUCACGUUGGACUCUUUCUGCGCGAUGCACUGCAGAGUAUUUUGAGAUUGGACGGCAGGGCCUCGUUACACAGAAGGCUAAUGGGACUUAAAACAUAUAACCUCAGCAAUUUACUGUAGCAGCUGAACUCAAAGAGUGAUGGUGAAGCAUUCCAAGCUUUUGCUCGUCCCCUGCUUCUAUUUCAAUUCCUACUGUUGGUUUUAGCACCAGGUUUGACCACAUAGACCAAAAGACGAGAAGCCUUCUUUCUUUAUUCAGCAGCGCAGCUCUGUGAGUGUUAGCAGCCCACUGCUGAUCUAUUUAUCCUUAAAAAACAAGACAUUUUCUGGCUAAAUGCGACAUUCAGCUGAGAACAUUGGUCACACACAUAUAAAAUGACCAAAGAGAUGACGAGGGGCCGAACGAGUUGCUUGGUUUGUAUUAAGGUUGUUAAUGACCAAAUAUUUUUGGCAAGGGUGCAAUAUUAAAAACGCAGUCGUCUUCCAGCAGUGUCCUCUCCACAGGAAGUACUCUAAUUAGUGAUCCAGUUGGGUAAAAUGUAUGAUUUUUUUUAUUAUUUCAGCUGACUUAAUUUACCAAGUUCAAAAUAGCUCAAAGAUGAACCUUUAUUGUGAAAAGGGAAAAAAGAUUAUUCGAAGAAUUAGAUUUUUAUAACAUAGAUGGUAAGUGAUCACUCCCACUCGAGCAGGAAGCUUCGACCAAAUGCAGCCAAAUAAUUCAAAAUCUUCGUUGUGUAUAAUUUUCUACUGCAGCUGACAAUCUGUACCCGGUUGUGGUAUUUGUGAGAUCUUUGAUUAUGUUUUUUUCCUCUCAGCAUUUUUAUGUUUUUUCCUGCAUAUGUUGCAUCAUUACUCUUAAUAAUAAAAGACUUCAACAUUU